AUGUCUCUCAACAAGAAAUACGCCAACCUCCCCGACCUGGACCUCGCUCCAGACGUCUACGAAACCCCGGACCUGACCGACGGCGCUUCCACAGUUCCAACCACCGUCCGAAACUCCGACUCGGACGACGAAUCAAACCCAGACAUCGACCGCAACACGCUCAACACCGACGAGGCGCGUCUCCAUUUCCUGCGUGCCAGCGGCGUCGAUGCCCGCGAAGUCGAUUUUUCAGAUACAAUUGCUGCAAAGCGCAAAGCAUACAAGAACCGCUCGACGCGUCGACGAAGACGGCAGCAGCAGAAUGACGGCGAUGAAGGGGUUGACGGCGAGGCGAGUGACAGUGAAGAGGAGGAGUCGCUGGAACGCAAGCUGGCGCGGUUACGGCGAGAGACGGAGGAAUUAAAGGCGGACAUGCAACAACAAAAGGACGGCUCUGGUGGUGGUGCUGAAGCUGGAGCUGAUGCUGAUGGAUUGCUCGAACUGAGCAAAGCCCUGGACACGAUUCAAUUUGCAUCGGCACGCACAAACGCGCAGUUUCCAGAUGCCAUACUGUCGCAAAAGCUGGAGGCUGCAUCGACAGAUAAACAGCCAGCCACCACCACGACAGAAAAAGACAGCCAGAAAACGCCCGAGAAAAACGACACGGCAGCAGCAGGCCUCCUUGCACAUGCCGCUUCGUUUGAUUCCCGACUGGCCCUGCUCGAAGCAGCCCUGGGCGUGUCGUCUGGAUCAAACCCUUUUAUCGCAGAGAACAGCACCGUCGAGCCAUCGCUGCAUCCGAUUCUGCCUGCUCUCGACCAUCUCACUUCCCAGUUGACUGCGCUCACUAGUACGCUGGGCGGACCAGCUGCAACCACCACCACCACCACUUCUUCCUUCACACCUGCGACAUCGACACCGGCAUCGACAACCGCACACCUCGAAGCCCUCUCAACUCGCAUAAAAAAACUCACCACCGACGCCGAGAGCCUGGCCAACGCUCGUCGCCGCGCCAGCGAAGCAGCCUCCAAAGCCGCCGCUUCCAACGUGCGAUCCCCAGACCCGGCCGACAACAGCUCAUCCAACGCAACCGAAGUCAACCCCAACAACAACAACAACAACAACAACAAUAAUGCCGAAUCCUCUGCCCAGCGAGACGAGCAAGUGGCCAAAAUCCACGCUCUGUACGCUACCCUACCAACCAUCCAAUCCCUACACCCAGUCCUGCCCAGCGUGCUGGAACGCUUACGCUCUCUGCGCGCCCUCCACGCCGGCGCCGCGCAGGCGAGCGAAACCCUCGAUGCGCUGGAAAAGGACCAGGCCGAGAUGAGCAAGGAGAUUGAGCAGUGGCGCGAGGGACUGCGCGUUGUCGAGGAAAAAGUGAAAGAAAGCGAGGGCGCGAUGAAGAGCAAUAUCGAUGUGGUUGGGCCGUGGGUUAAAGAUUUAGAGGCGCGGAUUGCACGGUUUGACUGA